GCAGGAUGGAGGCAUCCUGCCUGGAACUGGCCCUGGAAGGAGAGCGCUUGUGCAAGGCUGGGGACUUCAAAGCUGGGGCAGCCUUCUUCGAAGCAGCAGUGCAGGUGGGGACAGAGGACUUGAAGACUCUCAGUGCCAUCUACAGUCAGCUGGGCAAUGCCUAUUUCUACCUAAAGGAGUACUCCAAGGCCCUGGAGUACCAUAAACACGACCUUACCCUGGCCAGAACCAUCGGGGACCGCAUUGGAGAAGCCAAGGCAAGUGGCAACCUUGGGAAUACAUUGAAAAUACUUGGGCAGUUUGAUGAAGCUGUCGUUUGCUGCCAGAGACACUUGGACAUUUCUCAGGAGCAGGGAGACAAGGUAGGUGAAGCCAGAGCACUCUAUAAUAUAGGAAAUGUUUAUCAUGCAAAGGGAAAGCACUUAUCUUGGAACAUGGCCCAAGAUCCAGGCUACCUGCCUCAAGAAGUCAAGGAGACGCUACAGAAAGCUUCAGAAUAUUAUGAGAGGAACCUGUCCUUAGUGAAGGAGCUGGGGGACAGAGCUGCGCAGGGCCGUGCUUAUGGCAACCUCGGCAACACCCAGUACUUACUUGGCAACUUCAGUGAAGCUAUAGCCUUCCACAAGGAGCGCCUUGCUAUUGCUAAGGAGUUUGGGGACAAGGCAGCCGAGCGGAGAGCAUACAGCAACCUGGGCAAUGCACACAUCUUCCUUGGGAGGUUUGACAUCUCUGCUGAGUACUACAAGAAAACACUCCAGCUCUCCAGACAGCUCAAAGACCAAGCAGUAGAAGCCCAGGCUUGCUACAGUCUUGGAAACACAUACACACUACUUCAAGACUAUGAAAGAGCAAUUGAGUACCAUCUAAAACAUCUGGUGAUAGCACAGGAGCUGGGAGACAGGGUGGGAGAAGGAAGAGCCUGCUGGAGUCUCGGAAAUGCCUAUGUCUCCCUGGGGAGCCAUGAACAAGCUUUGCACUUUGCAAGGAAACAUCUUGAAAUCUCCCAAGAGAUCGGGGACCGGAACGGUGAGCUGACGGCACAGGUGAACAUGGCCCAGCUCAAGUCGGCCCUUGGCUUGGGCCCCGGGGAUGAGGAUGUGGGUACAGCUCAUCACUAUUCUGGCUAUGAAGCACAAGGAGCCAGGCCAAAGAGACUCCAAAGGAACAGCAUGGACAGCUUAGACCUCCUGAAGUUCCCUUCUGAAAAGGACCAGAAUGGGGACAGCCAUCACGUGGGAGACCUGAAGAUCUCUGGAAAAGAGUUCUUGUCAUUACCUGCAAGGUCAAAGAAAUACCGGGAACACCAAUCCAGUUCAGAGAGAAAGUCCCAGGGGUCAAGUACGUCGCCACUGGAUACCAGCGAAGUCCGAGUCCAGGUCUCGCAGUCGAAAAUCAGUCGGACCCCUUCGGAUGAGGAAUGCUUCUUUGACCUGCUGAGCAAGUUCCAGAGCAACCGGAUGGAUGAUCAGCGCUGCCCGUUGGAAGAAUGCCCAUCGGAGGCUGCAGAGCAGCUGCCACAGGCCGCUGCCACACCGGUCCCUGCCCUGGAAGAACGGAUAUCACAGUCCUCCUUAAUGGCAUCUCCGCAGACGGAGGAAUUCUUCGAUCUCAUCGCCAGCUCCCAGAGCAGACGGCUGGAUGACCAGCGCGCCAACGUGGGCAACCUGCCAGGCCUCCGGAUAACACACAACAACCUGGGGCACCUGCGUGUGGAGGGGGAGGCCCAGGAGCCCGGGGAUGAGUUCUUCAACAUGCUCAUGAAGUGUCAGUCCUCCAGGAUAGAUGACCAGCGCUGUGCACCACCAGACUCCAUCCCCCGUGGCCCCACCAUGCCGGACGAAGACUUCUUCAGCCUCAUCCAGCGCGUCCAGGCCAAACGCAUGGAUGAGCAGCGGGUAGAUUUGGCCUCAGCCCAGGAGGAGGCAGGAGAGGAGCAGCAGAGGCCUGGUUCCAGCUAA